AUGACACCAAGCAGUGCAACACUCUCUGACCACACGGUGAGUGUGGUGGGUUUUUCUGGGAUUCCAAUGACUCUGCCACUUUCACACCCGGCUCUGACCAAGCUGGGAAAACAGACUUUGAAGCACAGAUACUUGAUCUCUCCACAAGUGCCUGUGAAUCUGAUGGGCAGGAACCUGCUCAUUAAACUGGGAGUUGCUAUUAUGUGUUCUGCAGAUGGACUAACUGUGACUCUACCAGGAGGAACACAGCUUGCGUGCCUGGGAGCAACCUCAAAGAACCAAUAUUUGGUUCAAGACUGUGAGCCAGCCACCGCUGACAUUUACUGGGGGUGGCUGAUAGAAGACGGCAUUCUGAGACAAUAUCAACUGUGGAGACCCUGGAUUAUGAGUCUCGCUGUGUAUUCCCCGCCUCGUGAUCCCUACCACGUCACUCUGUUUUAUGAUAGAGAAGAUGAUGACGUAUACUGGGAACAGUUCGAGUCUGAGCUUGAAGGACCUAUGGAUGUAGGCCUAGCUAGCUGUUCGCCUGUGCUGUUCCAGCUGAAGACAGAAGCGCCAAUUAACAGACCACAGUACAGACAUAAACCGGAAGCAGAGGAAGGAAUUGCAGAAACAAUUGAUGGGCUGCUGAAGUGGAAGAGGGCAGGCUUCAGAACGGCAACAAAUGCUCCCAUUCCCCAUAAGAAGGAAAUGGAGGAACUGGAAAAGGCUCUGGACGACCCAGACGAGCCAGUGGCAAAGCCAGAAGCAGGUAAGUUCCUCCUGCCCAAGAGGCCAGGGGAAGAGAUUGUGAUUGAUUUCACAGACAUGAUUGAUGCAGGGCUUGGAGGAGUCAGGUACUUGUUGGUGUGUGUGGAUGCUCUGACUGGCUGGCCAGAAGCAUGGGCUACUAAAAGGGAGGAUGCUAAAAGUGUGAUUAAGUGUUUGAUCAAUGACUAUAUACCUAGGCAUGGGUUCCCCAAAAGAAUUAGAUCAGACAAUGGGACCCAUUUUAAGAACCAAGACCUAGCAGAGGUGGAAAGGAUGUUGGGGGUCCAACAUAAGUUUGGGACAGUGUAUCACCCUCAAUCUCAAGGGAAAAAAGUAGAAAGAAUGAACCCAAAUUUGAAAAACAAAUUGGCUAAAAUCUGUGCACAGACGGGGCUCAAUUGGGUUACAGCCCUGCCAAUUGCUCUGAUGACCAUAAGAUGUUCUGUUAACCAAUCCACAGGUUUCACGCCCUACGAGCUGCUAACAGGGAGUCAGUUUCCGGCACCCUGGACAGAAGUCCUGGUUACCUCUGGAAGACCCACGGCAGACGGAGGGGUCCCAGAUGUGAAAGCAGUGUGGCUGAAGGUCAUUAAACGCAAGUGGAAAGAGCCCGCUGGACCGGUCCAUACGAGACCGCCCCACGAGACUUGUCUGAACACGGAUGCCAUUGCAGCCCAGCGCUACCAGAGAGACUUUUUAUUGAAACAGGACCUCCAGGGAUCCAUUGGUCAGUGGGAGUAUACACAGCAGGGGAAUGGUGUUCCUGGGAAAACGUGGUCCAUUGAACACUCUGUCCCGAACCAAUAG